ACGCCCCCUUUUCCCUUGCGCUUCUCCCCCCAUUCCGUACGCACGCCUCGCCGUGGGAGCUCCCCUCGGCAUGGCCUCCUCCUCGCCGCCCCCGAGCUCCACCGCCUCCCGCGACGACGACGACGACGACCGCCGCCAAGAUGCGAUGUGGGAGAGGCGGACGCACGCGAGGAUCCUGGUCUCGGACGCCGACGCGGGCUGCAUCAUCGGCAAGGCCGGCUCCGACGUCCACGCCAUGGAGGCCCGCUCCGGGGCCCACAUCAAGCUCUCCGGGCGAGGCCGGCCCCUCCCCGGUACGGACCGCAGGGUCGUCCUCGUCUCCGGCCUCUUCCGCACCGUCAUGGACGCCGCAGAGCUCGUCCUCGAGAAGCUCUUCUACCUGGGCGACCAGGUGAUUGACGCUGAGGCCACCGUGGUGCUCGUGGUGCCCGACGCCUGCUGCGGCGCGCUCAUCGGCAAAGGAGGGGAGGUCAUCAAGUCCUUAGCUGAGGAGUCAAAUGCUGGAAUCAUGGUCUCACCCCACGACAUCUGCUACGGUUUCCAUGAUAGACUGGUUACGAUCACUGGACACUUGGACAAUCAGCUGCAGGCAGUAUUUCUUAUACUGUCCGAGUUGCUUGACGACGUCCGCUACUCAUCCUCCGUUGCAAGCCUUAGUUUUCCAAGUUCAAGUGUUCGGUAUGGCGGUGAUGGGCAAGAUGAGCAUGUCGAAAGAUACCACAGCAGGCCUGACACACCCGUGAGAUCGCCUGACUACGACAGCCAUGUGCAAGGGACCCUCACCAUGGGUGUCGCGGACGAGUACGUGGGCGCUGUCAUUGGCUAUGGCGGGAGGACCAUACAAGAGAUCGAACGGGCACGUUACGGGCGUGCAGAUCAAAAUCGUGAAGGGGGAGUUCAUACCUGGGACGAACGAGAGGGAGGUGGUGAUCAGCGGGACACGGGAGGCGGUCGAUGCGGCGGAGGCGAUGAUCGUGCAGCGGGUCUCGGACGCCGCCAAAGGUCGCCGCUGGCAGCAGGGUGGCGGCGGUGGCGACAGGCGGCCUGUGAAGGAAGUGGAGUAGCAGCGGUAGUAGCGGUGAUACAGCAGAGCAGAGCAUAGUACUGAAUUACUGCUGGUGGUGGUAGUAGAACAAGAGAUGUCCCAAGUUUUUUGGUCCCUUGCGUGUUGCUGGAGAAGUUAAUUAGCAAGAAUUAGUUGGGAGGGGAAGGCAUGGUGCAAUCACUGAUGGUUGCACGGCUAGUUUUGGUUUUGGUCAAUAUUGCUUCCAUGUUUGAUACUAGUGUAUGUAUCCGUGCCUUGUGUUUCAGUGAGAGGAUGGACGGAUUAUUCCUCUGGAUUUGAUUUAUCCAGCCCAAGAGGAGAGGAGUUUUGAAAUGGAAGUCUUAAGCAAA